CGGGCGGCGGCCGUGAGUCCCCCGGUCCACCGUGGCCUGGGAGUGAUUAUUGUUGGGCGGGGGGCGGGCGCAGCCGGGCCGGACCCGGCAGGAAAAAGUCUGUCACCGGCCAGGGAGCGGCGGGAGCAGCCGCUCAGCCCGGGCGGGAGAGGAGUUGACGCGCGGGAAAGGGCAGCGCCGGGCAGAGCCCGGUGCCCCGGACCCCGCCCCCGCCCCCGCCGCCGGGAAGGAGCGACCGGGCGGGAGCGGGAGGGGGCGGGGCCGGGGGCGCCGAGGCCACACAGAGGGAAGGCGCAGCGCCGGGAGGGGUCCCGGAGCGAGAGGUCACCGCCGGGAGGGAGGGCCAGCUGGCAACCGCCGCCGUGCAGCUUCCCGGCCGAGCCCCUCGAAGGAAACCUUCGAAAGAGUCCCUGGGGCUCGCCAGAGGUCCCCUCAUGCUUGCUCUCCCCACCCGCCUUCCUUUCCACAACUCCGUGCUGGGCUCCUGGAGCCCUCCCCACAGACCCCCCCCAAUCCCAGAGGACCCCCGUUCCCCCAGCUCCCAGCCUGUCCCUCCCCCCGGGGUGUGAGGGGCUACCAGGAGAGGAGGGGAGACGGGCGGGUGCAGGCUAAGCCUUGGAGAGAGGCGGGGGGUGGGGGGCACUGGGCACGCUGCUCUUUUCUUACCCUGACCCAGGGAUACCUCUGUGCUUUCACUGCCCCCGACUGACCUCCGCCACAGCUCGGGAGCACACGUUGCCCCUCACACCGGACAGGACGCGAGUACAUAUUCCCCUAACAGACCAGACGCGCUCCUGGCCAGCUCAGACACCCUCGCUGCCCUGGAGCCACACACUCCACCGGGGAGGAAGCAGAGAUGGCAAUUGUCACCCGGCAGCCCCAGAAGUGACACUGCUGAUCUCUUGUCCGUCACACUUCUGCAUACCACCCCUGCACGCCACCCCUGCACACCAGCCACUGGCUCACUGACACUUCACAUUCCUCCCCACGUCCCACCUCUUGUGCACACCUGGCUCCUGCACUCUCCCCCAGCCCCUCCCGCGCCCCUCUUGAUAACAACACCCUUUCCAACUCACCCACCACUGCCCUGGACUCCUCCUUCACUGCUCCCCCUGCCUCUGGCUCUCAGUGGGCUGCUGGGCUCCCCCCUGGCUCCCCGCUGGCCUCCCUGAGCACACCCAGGGCCCUCUUGCGGCACAAUCAGGAAAGCUCUCACUCCAGCCAAAGCCCAACUCCUGUCUCGCUUGCUUGGUUACUGACUUCAUAAGGCAGUGGGGCUGGCCCACCCUCAGCUUCUUCCCCUGGGCCUCAGUGACCUCUGUCAUUUAGGCUGGAGGAGAAGGGCACGAAGGGAGAUGCUGGAGAGGAGAGGAGAGAUGAAGCCCCGUGUGUUUCCUCUAGGAGGAAUUGAGCAUGCAUAGUGUGACCUCCUUGUGCAAGCCCACAGUCACCAGACGGGUUGGUGGCAAAGCUAGGUCUCCCGAUUCCCAGGCCCAUGUGUCCCCACUCACCAAGCCACUUCUCAGUGGCCUGGGGGAAAGGGAACCAAGGAAAAGGCAGAAGGGAGAGAAGUAAGAGAGGGGAAGGCAGCAGCCCAGAGGGUGUAAGGAAGAUGGGUUUCUGUGGGCCUUUGCCUGGGAAGGCAGGUCAGGACACGCCCCUAGGGCAGUUUCCUACCGUCACAAUGCCUGGACCUCACCCACUCCAUCUCUAACCCACUCCUCACCCACUCUACCCACCUAACCCACUCCAUCCCUCAAUUCCCCUCAACAGACCCCUCCAACCGCAGCCAGCGCUGGUCCUGGUCUGGCCUUUCCUCCUGGCUCCCAUAUUCAGCCCAGCCUGAGGCCACCAUGCCCCACCUCUGGAGCUCUGCAGUGCCUCCCUGGUUGCAACAUUUAGGGCUUACAGUUCUUAGGGUAGCUCUUAUAGUCCCAGGUGCAGAGAUGCCCGUUGACUUGUCCUACCACCCUAACCACUCUGGCACAUCUGCACGGCUGAACCCUCACCCUCACUGGGAAAGGUCAGCCUGGGGGCGUCCAGGCUAGGGACUGAGGGGCAGCUGGCUAAAGUGGCUAAAGACAUGUGCUCACGGGUGCGCCUGCCUGUGCAGCUGUCUGGGUGGCCAGUCACUUCCUCGGGCUAAGGGAGAGAGAGAGAGAGACAGUGAGAGUGAGAGAGAGAGAGAGAGAGUGUGAGUGAGUGUGUGUGUGUGUGUGUGUGUGUUCAUGAGGAGAGCCUUGGUUCCCAGGGCCCAGGGAUCUGGAUGGAAUUAGGGGCUGGCUGGGGGUGGGGGCCAGGAUAGGGGGUGGGGGGCUGCUGCAGGAAACGUGAGCUGUACUCGUUAGCUCCUCACGUGCUCAGCCGGAUUUAUAAACACACAGAGAAGACGGGAUGUAAACAAUCAGUGGGCAGCAGCCAGAGGCAGAGCUGGGGCGGGGGCUGGGCUGGGGGCCAGGACUGGUGGGGAGAGGGAGAGGGGGACCUAGGACACAGCCCCAGUGGCCGGGGUCCACCUGCACAACAUGAGCCUGAGAGAGGAUGGAUGAGGGCUCCAGGAAGCCCACCACGCACUCUCCUCAGGAGGCAGGCGAGCUGUGCUGGGUUCCCGAGCUCACGACUAAACCGCAGGUGUUCACCCCACGCUGCUUUCCCUCUUGCUGCCUGAGACACGGCACGGCUUUGCCCAGAGUGGAAGCUGUCAUAGCAGGGGCAGAGCCCUGUCCUUCUACUCCCCUUUCUCCUCUCCUAACCUCUUCUCCCUCUGGAUUCCUGAGAGCCCUUCCCUCUUUCUGGUUCUCUCUGUGGGCCGUCGGAUCCUUCUGUUCUCCCCUGCCCCCCACCCGCAGCCUGCAACGACACAGUUACCUCAGAACUGAAAUAUUCCUGGAAACACCGGCCUCGUCUGGUUAAUUUCAUGAGCCGUUUUUUCUGCCCAGAUGACUUAGUUCUUGUCUAUCCAAAGGCUUCUCCCCCUGCCGUCCCUGUGUAGGGAGCUGAUCUCCCCUAGGGAUGUCCUACAGGGCUCAGAAUGGGAGAGGGUAAGUCCCGAGCUGGGUUCCUGACAAUACCUCUUGGCCAUGACAAAGGCAGAGCCUAGGACUCUGGCCAGCAUGUGGGUAAAGAGGCAAGCCUAGCUCCCAGCUCCAGCUUCGGUUGGGACCUUCCGCCUCGCCACUAACUUUGAGUGAAGCCAGACUUGAUGCUGAAAGUGACCUCAAGGCUGGGAGUGCCGCUGCCCUGUUCAGCAGGUCUCCAGUCUCCAAAACUAAUGCUAUUCUGUACCCGUAGGAUCCUAGAGGUGACUGCCAGAUCCCUAGGCUUGGAGUUGUGUUGGGAUGUGAGGAACAGGGAGGAGAAAGGAACUGAGUCAGGCAAGAGCUGGGGAUAGAAAGGAAGAGUGAGGAAAGCAGCAUCCAGGAGGAAGCCACAAGCUCAGAGGGGACAGGAAAGGGUGAGCUGGUCUCCCCAGGGAGCAGUUGAGUGCCUGACCCUACUCUCUGUCUUAAAACACACGGGUGUACACACACCCACACUCGCCUCAAACCAAGACCCUGUGACUGGUGGCACCCCACCCCCAUGCUCCCUCAGUAAAGCCGGCCAGUCACACAUCUGAAGGAGUCCAGACUGACCAGGUGGGCCACUGCCCAAGUCCUCACUGACCCCUGUCCUCCAUGAGAGAUGUUUUAUACAAAUGGAGUCUUGCAUCCUUCCUAGUUAUUAGCCCUCUCCAAAACUCUGCCCCAGCACUGUGAUUAGACCUAACCUAGUCUUCAUUCUUUCUUGAAUCCAAACCCCAUCCUAACCAUGGGCAAAGCGUUAUACCUAUCUAAGUUAUUUCUACCUAUCAAAGCAACCUAUGUCGUUAUAGAAAAACCUGAGAGUAUAAAAUAUGAACUAUAGGGGUGGUGGAAAGAGAAGGUGGCAGAAAAAAAAAAAAAAAAAAAGGAAAAAAAAGAACUAUAGGAAAGAAACCACUCAUGACCUCACACCUAUUCAAGCUGAAAACCCAAACUAGCCCUGCUCUUCAUAACAUGACAAGCAGCACCCCAUCUGAUACCUAAACCGACCAAGUUACAGCCCUCCAACUCACCCUCUGCCUGCCCAGACCUUACCACAUCCCCUGCUGGACUCAAACCUCAACCGCACUAAAUCAACCAAAUCCCAAGUCUAAACUAAUCUGAAGCUUCUAAAGUAACCCAGUCCUUAAACCUAACCUAGCCCAAUGCCAAUUAUAUCUACCCUAGCCAAACCCUAACUGCCUUUGCCAGUCCAAAGUGUCCACUGAAUCCUCACCUUGGUCCUCACUUAAAAUCCCAGAAAAGCAUAUUUCCCCACUGCCCAUGUCCCUCCUUACAGCACCCAACCCUGGCCUCUGGACUCCUGGUAUCCUGGGAUGUCCAAACUCUGCAGUGCCAUCAGCUGACAAGCCCGACUCGUCAAAUGCACCUCUCUCCCUUCCUGUCCCCACCCUCGCAGGCUGAUGGAAAGGCCUCAUUGAAGUCCAACUUUUCCCCACCUAACACCAAGAAUGGGGUGAACCUACACACUGCCACCAUUCCCUGAGAGUGAGCACUAAAUCUCCUUCAAUCUAACCCCACCCUACGCUUCCUACACUCAGGAAUCACAUCCUAGAAUAUACCGAAAACUAGCCCCAUAAGGCAGCCCGACCCUGGUGGUCUAACCCUAUACCUUGCUUCCUAUGGGCGACUGUGUUCUUGGCGGCUGCCUCUCUCCUGCUUCCUCCCUUAGGGCUGACUGUGCUCAGCCUGCCAGCUCUGACAUGUGCUGUCUCCCACCCUCUGACUCCCCUCAAGCUGCAGUGGGACUGGGAGACUGGCAGGAAGCUAGGGUACAACUGGAACACAGGUAGGUCGACCUGCAGUCCCUAGGCCUGGCCCCGUCCCACGCAUACAUGUUGGCACACACACAGUGGCACACAUGCCAAAGACUCUCGCAGCUGACACACAGAUCCACUCUCAAGUAUCUACUGAUAGACACUCAUGUGUGCCAAGUCCUCAUCCUCAAACAUACACAUGCCUCCUUUUCUCUCCCCUCUCGCCAGGAGUGUUUCCCCUCCUCCAUCCCCUCUGCCUCCCAUCUGGUGUCCCACCCUCACCCCCCUCCCAGCCCAAGGUGGGGACAGACACCUGAGGGGCUGCCAGCUGCUUCCCCGUGUGGGCCCGGGCCGCGCUCAUGCUUCUCGUCCCUCCUGCCCACAGGGGACUCGUGGGGGAUGUUAGCGUGCCUGUGCACGGUGCUCUGGCACCUCCCUGCAGUGCCAGCUCUCAAUCGCACAGGGGACCCAGGGCCUGGCCCCUCCAUCCAGAAAACCUAUGACCUCACCCGCUACCUGGAGCACCAACUCCGCAGCUUGGCUGGGACCUAUCUGAACUACCUGGGCCCCCCUUUCAACGAGCCUGACUUCAACCCUCCCCGCCUGGGGGCAGAGACUCUGCCCAGGGCCACUGUUGACUUGGAGGUGUGGCGAAGCCUCAAUGACAAACUGCGGCUGACCCAGAACUACGAGGCCUACAGCCACCUUCUGUGUUACUUGCGUGGCCUCAACCGUCAGGCUGCCACUGCUGAGCUGCGCCGCAGCCUGGCCCACUUCUGCACCAGCCUCCAGGGCCUGCUGGGCAGCAUUGCGGGCGUCAUGGCAGCUCUGGGCUACCCACUGCCCCAGCCGCUGCCUGGAACUGAACCCACUUGGACUCCUGGCCCUGCCCACAGUGACUUCCUCCAGAAGAUGGACGACUUCUGGCUGCUGAAGGAGCUGCAGACCUGGCUGUGGCGCUCGGCCAAGGACUUCAACCGGCUCAAGAAGAAGAUGCAGCCUCCAGCAGCUGCAGUCACCCUGCACCUGGGGGCUCAUGGCUUCUGACUUCUGACCUUCUCCUCUUCGCUCCGCCUUCAAACCCUGCUCCCACUUUGGGAGAGCCAGCCCUGUAUGCCAACACCUGUUGAGCCAGGAGACAGAAGCUGUGAGCCUCUGGCCCUUUCCAGGACCGGCUGGGCGUGUGAUGCGAUCAGCCCUGUCUCCUCCCCACCUCCCAAAGGUCUACCGAGCUGGGGAGGAGGUGCAAUAGGCCCUGUCCUGUCCUGUUUCUACAGGAAGUCAUGCUCGAGGGAGUCUGAAGUGGUUCAAGUUGGUGCAGAGGCUCUCAUGGCCUCCUGCUUCUUGCCUACCACUUGGCCAGUGCCCACCCAGCCCGUCAGGUGGCACAUCUGGAGGGCAGGGGUUGAGGGGCCACCACCACACAUGCCUUUCUGGGGUGAAGCCCUUUGGCUGCCCCACUCUCCUUGGAUGGGUGUUGCUCCCUUACCCGCAAAUCACUCUAUACAUCUAAUUCAGGAAACAAACAUGGUGGCAAUUCUACAUAAAAAGAGAUGAGAUUAACAGUGCAGGGGUGGGGUCUGCAUUGGAGGUGCCCUAUAAACCAGAAGAGAAAAUACUGAAAGCACAGGGGCAGGGACAGACCAGACCAGACCCAGGAGUCUCCAAAGCACAGAGUGGCAAACAAAACCCGAGCUGAGCAUCAGGACCUUGCCUCGAAUUGUCUUCCAGCAUUACAGUGCCUCCUCUCUGCCCCCUUUCCCAGGGUAUCUGUGGGUUGCCAGGCUGGGGAGGGCAACCAUAGCCACACCACAGGAUUUCCUGAAAGUUUACAUUGCAGUAGCAUUUUGGGGUGUGGGGUGGCAGCUCCCCCAGGCCCUGCCCCCCAGCCACACCCACUCAUGACUCUAAGUGUGUUGUAUUAAUAUUUAUUUAUUUGGAGAUGUUAUUUAUUAGAUGAUAUUUAUUGCAGAAUUUCUAUUCUUGUAUUAACAAAUAAAAUGCUUGCCCCAGAA